AUGUCAGCUCCGACUGCAUCCGCUCACCUUCGCGUCGCGCGCCCGACGAACAACAUCGAGGCGCUGCUGCCUUUCUACGUCGACGGGCUCGGCUUCAAGAAGAUCGGCGAGUUCCACGACCAUGCCGGCUUCGACGGCGUGAUGCUCGGCCACGACGGCGCGGGGUACCACCUCGAGUUCACGCGGAAGCACGGGCACGACGCUGGCAGCGCGCCGACCCAGGACAACCUGAUGGUGUUCUAUCUCCCCGAGGAGGGCCAGUUCAAAGAGGCCGUAGCGCGGAUGGAGAAGGCCGGUGUCAGCGCUGUCGCGAGCUUCAACCCAUACUGGGAUAAUUGCGGCAAGACUUUUGAGGAUCCGGACGGGUACCGCGUCGUGCUAGCAAAUAUGAAGUGGCUACUAAAUCCGACUCCCGUCUUGGCUAAAUGGGCGCUCACCGACUACCGACUUGGCGAUCUGCACUGUUCAUUGUUCACGACGCUAAACCUCGGUCAUUGGCGCAUCGAGCCCAGCAUGAACCAACACCAGAUUUUUAGCCCCUAUGGGAUCUUCCCCGAGAUGGGUCACAAGGGCGAGAUCAAGGCCAACCAGAAGGAGCACCAUGAGGGAGCCGUCAUCUUGCCAGGGCUCCUGACCAUCCCCAGACGACAUCCCUCCUCAUCCAACCGUUCAUCACCACAACAGAGGAUCCGACCUCAAGCCGACCGUCACCAUGUGGAAAUUCCUUGGGAGCCACAACUACCUGCUGUCGAAGUUUAUGACUUCGAAUGUGCUGAUGUGCAUCAUCCUGCUCGGCACCAGUGUCUUUACCUAUGGCUUCGAGACGGCCGUCAUCGCGACGGUGCAGGCCAUGGACCGUGGGUUUCUCCGUGCGAUGAACAAUGCGUUGAUGCAUCUCCCCUGACAAGAAUUGGUUUCGCAGACUAUGAGAAGCAGUUCGGCGAGUUCAACUCCAAGACCAAGAAAUGGGAACUUUCCGCGGGCCGCCUGGCAUACCUCAACUCCUUCCCGCUCAUCACCUACGGGCUGGGAGUCGUCGGGGCCUCGCUGAUCAGUCAACGCUGGGGACGUCGCAUCGUGGUGGGCAUCAUGAACAUCAUCUGCAUCGCCGGCGUCCUGCUGAGUCUCCUUGCCACCAACUACGGGGCGGCGCUCGGUGGGCGUCUGAUCCUGUACAUCCACGUCGGAAUGGAGGCUGUCCUCGUCCCCAUGUAUCUGGCCGAGAUCGUCCCUGCUGCCAUUCGUGGCUCCGUCGUCGCCACGUACGCGUUCAGCCACAUGUUUGCCGCCUUCAUCGCCUCCAUCAUCACCAACUUCACCAGCAGGAUCGACAGCAACCUCAGCUGGCAGCUGCCCAUCGGCCUGGUGCUGAUCUUCCCCGUCUUCGUGCUGCUGACCAUCACCCUGCUCCCCGAGUCGCCGCGCUGGCUCCUGCGCCAGGAGCGGUACCAGAAGGCCGUCGACACCCUCUACUACCUGCACGGCGCCCGGCCCGAGUACAGCGCCGAGCAGGAGGCCAACCUGAUCAUGGAGGCGAUCCGCACCGCUACGACGCAGGGCAAGUGGAGCGAGCUCCUCAAGGGCUCCAACGCCCGCCGGACGUGGAUCGGCAUCCUCUGCGCCGCCGCGACCCAGCUGACGGGCCAGACCUUCGCGAGCAACUACGGCGCCGUCUUCCUCAAGCAGCUCAACAUCAUGGACCCCUUCACGGGAACCAUGAUCAAGCGCUCCCUGCUCGUCGUCGCCUGCCUGUUCGUCAUCUUCUUCGUCGAGUACACCGGCCGGCGGCGGCUGGCGCUCGUCUCGGGCUCCAUCUCGGCGACCUGCCUGCUCAUCAUGGGCGGGCUGGGCACCAUCACCAAGCGCAACAACGACCAGUCGCUCACCAUCCUCGCCAUGACCAUCAUGUUCCCGGCCUUCUACACCGCCGGCUUCGGCUCCAACAUGCAGGUCGUCAAGUCCGAGAUCCCCCACACCAGCCUGCGCGACAAGUCCAUCAUGGUCCACUGGAGCGCCGCCAACCUCUGCAACUUUGUCGCCACCUUCACGACCCCGUACCUCCUCAAGGCCCCCUACGCCAACCUGGGCCCCAAGGUCGGCCUGAUCUACGGCAGCAUCUCCGCCGUCUUUAUCGUCCUCCUCUUCUUCUUUAUGCCGGAGAUGACCAACAGAUCCCUGGAAGAGGUCGACGAGAUGAUGGAGGCGAGGGUUCCUGCCUGGAGAACGAGAGAAUGGCAGGCAACUGGUCUGGGCUCGAUGCUGACCCGCCUCGGCAACGGCGACAGGUUGGAGAAGGGCGAGGAAGCCGGCGUCGAGGCUCAUGUCACCACCACCGAGGUCAAAUAG